AUUAGUAGACUAGUGAUGAACGAAGCUUGAUCAAUAAUGCUACCAGUACUUGUUAUAGUUUCUCUUGUGGCCAUUCUCAUAUUAUAUUGGCAAUCGAGUAAUUAUUGGAAGAAGAGGAAUGUACGCGAAGUGAAUGGUACUGUGUUGAAAUUUACUUUCGGUAAUUGUUCCCUGCCCGAAUAUUACAAACAAAUCUACGACAAAUACAAUGAAAAUCAAAUCGGUUUCCAUCUGGGGGCCAGUCCGGCGCUGGUCCUCAGAGAUCUCCAGGACGUCCAGGCCGUGUUGGCAAGCAACUUCCAGAGCUUUUAUCGGCGCGGCUUCGCUGUGAACGAUGCCGACGUGCUCGGAGGAAACAUGCUUUUCUUAGACGAUCUGCCUCGUUGGAAGAUCCUCAGACAGAAGCUGUCCCCUGCCUUCAGUAGCCUUCGGCUCAAGGCCAUGUAUGAAGCCAUUGAGAAGACCGCCCGCGACUUCACCGACUAUAUCGCUACUGACGAACGUGCAAUAAAAGAACCUUUCGAUGCAGUACUCAAAUACACUACCGCAUCAAUUGGGGUCGCAGUGUUUGGACUCGACGAGAAGGGAGAGAGCCUUAUAGACUUACCUCUAUCACACGUAGCGGGCAAUGCACUCAAGCCCUCGCUCAAAGCAAACAUCGUAUUUUUCAUUGGCAGCACAUUCCCGAGACUCUUCAAGUGGCUUAAUAUGACUUUCUUUGGUGAAUACGAAGACGUUUUCAUCGGUGCCGUUAAAAAGGUAUUGAAGAAUCGCCGUAAGUUAGAUAAGAGGUUAGACAUAGUUGACGUCUACCUGGAUAUGCAGAGCAGUGGCCGUCUGAGAGACGUCGUGACGGGCUUCGAAAUGGAACCAACUGAUGAAGUGAUAGCAGCCCAAUCGUUCUUCUUCUACGUCGCCGGAGCCGACACAACCGCGAACGCAAUUCAUUUCAUUCUUCUAGAACUAUCUGCCAACCCUCAUGUAUUGAACAAGCUUCACGCUGAAAUCGAUACUGUCCUUCCAAAGGGGACAGAAGUAUUGACUUUCGAGGACAUAGAUCGACUGACGUACAUGGACAUGGUGAUCAGUGAGGCUAUGAGGAAAUAUCCACCGAUCGGCUUCAUACAAAGACUCUGUACCAAAGACGCAAUUCUUCCCAGCAACAAUCUUAGGAUAAGCAAGGACACGGUAACAGUUGUUCCAAUUUUAGCGAUACACAGAGACGAGAGAUUCUAUCCCAAUCCAGAUGUUUUCGAUCCGGAACGGUUCACUCCAGAAAAAAUUAAAGAAAGAAACAAGUUCAGUUACUUGGCGUUCGGUGAGGGAAACCGGAUUUGCAUUGGUGCCAGAUUCUCACGUCUCCAAGUGAAGGCCUGUAUUACCUGGCUACUGCGCAAGUAUACCUUAAAACCCCAGGAGUAUAAACCGGAGAGAUUCGAAAGAAGCGCUUUCAGUCUCCGAGAUACAAAAUCCAAAUACGAAUUCAUACGGAGAACGAAUUAGAAUUAUAAUGGGAUCUUAAAUUUCACACGAUAUCUUAGUAAUUAGUUAAUCUGUUAUCUCUUAAGAUACUAUUUUUAGAUCUCCGUCCGUCAAUGCAGUAAGAAAGAAAAAAAAAGGUUGCGUGUAAAGGACCGCAUUAUGUGGAAGGCAUUGGGGAAGGCCUAUGUCCAGCAGUGGGCAGAUAAAGGCUGAUGAUGAUGAUGAUGUGUACUUAUGUACGCGCUUAAGAAGUUAUACUUUAUUUUUAUUAAAUUUAUUACUUUUUUUUAAAUAUUAAAUAAAUAAUAAUAAAUAUUUAACGUUAAUAAUUUAAUAAUAUUUAGUAUGAAUUAUAUCUAUAUCUAUACUAAUAUUAUAAAGAGGAAAGAUUUGUUUGUUUGUUUGUUUCGAAUAGGCUCCGAAACUACUGGACCGAUUUGAAAAAUUCUUUUUCCAUUAGAAGCCGACGUUGUCCCUGAUGAACAUAGGCUACUUUUUUAAUUUGUUUUUGUUUCAUGUGUGUUUUAAUGUUUCCGAAGCGAAGCGAGGGCGGGUCGCUAGUCAAAUAAUAAUUUUGUCAUUUAUAUUACUAAAUAAUAGAUACGGAUAGUUAACCUCAAUUGUAUUGGAGCACUUAGGAAGUUUGAUGAGCACCGUUUUUUCACAAAUAUUUUCUAAUAUUAAUUAGUGAUUAUAAUUCAGUUCUUCUUCAAAUGUUCGUGUUAGCAACGUCCUCAGGUUUGAGCCCCGUGAGCUCACCUACACACGCUAGGGUAAACUGAAAUAGCCUCUCAAGGCUAUCAGCAUAGGUAGGGAAAAAAAAAACGAAAUAUAGGUAUUCAUUCGAUCGGUGGUGUUCAUGAGGGAAGAUAGUCGUGGACAUGGUUUGCGUGACUCAUUGUUUUAUGUCUCUGUAAAUGUGUGUUUAAAUUCAAGAUAAUACCAAAGUGUUUAUUCUGUAUUCUGGUUAUCUGGUGAUUUAUGUCAAUAUUUAUGUUGAAUUAGAGUCAAUUAAUGAAUUAGAGUCAAUUAAUUAGAGUUUGAGAAUAACAAAUUUUGUAAUGUUUAAAUUUUUAUUAUUUUUAAAUGGUUUUUCUUCUAAAUCCUAAAUAUAUAGUAACCAUUCGUCAUUGAUCUGUAGUUGAUUAGUUUAAUACAAAUGUUGGCUGUCCAGACCGACACCACGAUCGCUGCAUCCUUUUUGACUAGCCGAGUCCCGCGAUGCUACCCGCGGUUAUUGUCGUACCGCCGCGUGGCGAAGCUAGUCUAAGUUGCUCCUUAUAUCAUCAACUACCUUUCAGUGAAAGUCUCGCGAAAAUCGGUCCAGCCAUUCCAGAGAUUAGCCGGAACAAACAGACAGACAGACAGAAAAAAAAUUGUCAAUGUCAUUUUGGUGUAUGUACCGUAUAUACCUAUAUAUUCAUAUGCAUGUAGUAAAAAGCGGAUAAUAUAAUAUUACAAACAGA